ACUUUAGUCGAUCUCGAACCGUGUCCGUAGAAGGAAGCAUAGUUUCUUCGUUCCAUUCGCGCUAUCGCGAUCCGUGAGUGGUGGUGCGCAUUUAGUUAUAGCUGCGACGACGUUUUGUACAAAGUGAUCAUUAACAACAGCAGUUCAGCAGCCGUCUCGCGAGUGUGUUACAUACCGACAACCUACUCACCGCCGCAGCGUGCCGACUAACUGCUGACUGAAUGCGGCAGUUGGAUAUUUCGUUUAAGUGACUUCACCGAGUGGAUUCCAGCGUAGAAGGCGAACUUGUUUCAAGGAGUGUCGUUGUGGUAAGCACUCCAAGUGCUACUACAUACCUGCUUGGGGAUUGGAAAGGAUUUCCACCGACGCACAAAAGGGGCCUCUCGGGCAGUACUACUACUGCAGUGCAGUGUGCUCAGAAGCGGUAUUUGUGAAAAAAAAAGGCUGAAGAGUAGUGGAAGCAGACACUACUGUACGGUGCACCGGAGCUGAUUGAAACGCGAGAUCCUCACGAAACCGUGUCAUCAUGGGACUGGGCGGCAGAAUGGACUGCUGCGGGCAGUGUGUCAAGUAUAGCAUGUUCGUCUCCAAUUUCAUCAUUUUCAUUGGGGGAGCCAUCGUGUUCGGACUUGGUGUGUGGACCGUAGUGGAUAAGAACUUCAUCAACGAACUGCUCGGAACGAACCUGUUCUCCGGGGCGGUAUAUGUGCUGAUUGCCACAUCGGCGCUGGUGUGCUUACUGUCCUUUUUCGGGUGCAUUGGGGCAGCCAAAGAGUACAAAUGCAUGCUACUGACGUACUUCAUUUUGAUUUUCCUUAUUUUCGUGACGAUGCUCAUCGGAGGCAUCCUGGGCUACGUGUUCCGCGAGAAGGUAUCCCAAACCAUGCAGCAGGAGAUGCACUCCUCGAUGACGUUCUACGGCGCCUAUGGCAAGCGCUCGAUCACCCAGGCGUGGGACGUAACCCAGGAGCGGCUCAAGUGCUGCGGCGUCAAGCACUACAACGACUGGCGCGGUUCGAUCCCACAGUCGUGCUGCCAGAAGACCUUCACCGACUACAAACCCUGCCAGGACCACCCGACGCCGGAGAACAUCUACGUCCAGGGCUGUCUGGACAUCACUUCGAAUCUGAUACGGGACAAUGCGGCGAUCAUCGGGGCGUCCGGCAUCAUAGUGGCGAUCCUGCUCAUCUUCGGCAUGAUCUUCUCGUGUUCGCUGUUCCGGAUGAUCGAGUAGCGUGCGGGUUGCCCGUAUAAACUUCAUUCAACCAUAACUUGUCAUGAAAAUUUUACCACUUGAUCGCCUGUUUGUUGUUCUGAUUUUAUUUUUUUUUUUUGAAUAUCUACCUGAGAGAGCAAAACAAAAGUACAACGUGAGAGGGCGCUUACAUUUAUCUCUUGCAAUUCAGAGUGGUACAUUAGCUCGAUGGAUCUUCGGAUGGUUAAUCAGAAAUAUUACUUAAAAUGAGUGGGAGUAGUAAUCAACUCAAUUUGAACAGUGUUCAAAGUCAGUCAUGAAAUAGAUUUCUAAUGAACCGGAUCCAUGAUAAUGUAUUGCUCAUAAUUGUGAUAUGAAUGUUGAAUAACUUUUUUUUUUUCAAGAAAAGUUUUCCAAACAUCUUUCAAAAACAAUUCGCACGGAAUCUCUACAUUCGCAUAUGUAAAUAGCAAAAGAAAAAAUACGAAUGCUACAAUGCAUUUAAGGUGAAGCGAAAUCGCCUCAGAAGGAAAUUC